AUGCAGGCACGAUCUUCUUGUUCGCUUGUUGGCUCAAUCCAUCAGACUCAUGUUGCUCAUAGGCCUCGAAAUGCAAGGCCUGGCAAAGCUGAGGCCGCUAAGUACUACUUCGAAUUGAAAUUGGGCCCUUUGGGCAUCGUCCGUGACAUUCGUGUCGGACCCACAUGUCAUGAAGCAAUCAAGGCAUGCAUGAGUGAGCCAACAGGAGGCGCGCAUGCGAUCGCAGCUGCGCACUGCGAAGCAUAUGAACAGCAAGUGGGCAAAUAUCAAGGAAACGUUCACCCUUUUGUACUUACUAAUGACGAGCUGCCAAAAGGCUGGCCACCUGAUGGUCGUCCAGCUCAGCUUCUUAAGCUGAUCCCCGGGUCAGCAGCCUACUCGGUUUUCGACUUCACAAAGGCUUUCUGUGAAAUUGCCACUCACUCUGAUGGCAAAAAUCUGGCGUUUAAUACCCGCACUCGCGAACUCGAGUAUACCUGCACGCUGUCUGAAUUUGGUAGUUCCCAGCCGCUGCUUGUAUGGAUGACGUCCUACACUUCGGCGAAAGCGCUCAAGAGCACCUCAGCACCUGCGGAGUGCGCUUCAGCUCUCACGGAAAAGGCACUACAGGUGCCUCUUCAUCGUUGGGAGUAUGUUGACGACUUUGGCAAGACACAGGGUCCAUACGAUGCUCUGCGCAUAGUGAAGUGGAUCCAAAGCGGCUUCUUCGACAAGAGGGGAGGGACCCUCUUCAGAAUGGCGGGAGAGGAGACAUCUAAAACCCUCUUGGAACAGUUGCCCAGUAUCAUGACUGAGGCAUAUGCUGCGAUGGUGUUACGUAUGGAGAAACCCCAGCGGAUGCAAGCACCUCCGGAAGAGACUUUGGAAGUAGUGGAAAUGAUGCCCAUGAACCUCUCUGAUCAAAAUUCAGAUAUACAGUCUGUCCUUAACGUCAAAGCUGCAUCGGAGUCUCGGGACUUGCGACCUCAUGGUGGUGCUGAUGCCUUUCACAAAACGCGAGGAUACGCCUGCGAAUCGCAAUGGGGACUGCUCAGAGGCAGCGCUGAGGAGAGCUCAUGUAGAUCACAAAUCCCAGCAAGCACUGGUUCACAGCACAGGCAGUUAUGUGUUUUCAUGUGCGAGGCUUGGCCGGUGCCCCAAAAGAUGUUCAAGAUUCCCGUACACAGCGCCAUUUUGCGCCUGAGUUCGCCUAUCUGGCUAACUGAGAUAACAGCCCUGGAGGAGAAGCACAAACAGAGAUUACUGUAUUCAGACCACCCAGACCGACAGGAGAUGCUAAAGUACAUCAUUGAAUGCCAAAAUCCAGAGGCCCUUCGCUGCAUCAUUAACUACAUUUACGGGUGGGCCUAA